CACUCUGUGCUGGGGGGGGGGAGUGGCGAGGUGGAAGGUUUGGAGGGUGCGCUUCCUCCAUGCGCAAAGUGUGGGCGGAGGGUAUUACGUGGCUCUGGGGAGUAGCCCCCCCCGGAGGAGGUGAGGUGGAGGAUUUGGGUAGGUGGGAGUGGAUGGAGCUGUGGGCGGGAAGAGGGAUCACGUAGGCGCUGCAGCCAGGAUCCAGAAGAUGCAUCUGAGGAAGUGGGCUUCGGCUCAUGAAAGCUUAUGCCACAAUAAUAUUUUUCCAAAGUUUCUGCAAGGAUCAUCUUCUGCAAGGCUUGGUGUGCUGAAGCAGUCCAGAUUGGAUGGGUUUCUAGAGCCACAAGCCCUUCUGGGGCUGCUUGCUGGCUUCACGCCUGGAAGGUUGGGAGACUUCUUCCAUGAUGGCAGAAUCAGCUGAAGAAACACUGUUAUACGUGGAGCAUCGCUAUGUCUGCUCCGAAUGCAGCCAGCAGUUUAGCUCCUUGGAAGAAGCCCUGGUACAUCAGCAGAGCCACCUAUGCUCCCAAGAGCAGCAGUAUGAGGUGGUGGGGCUGGCGGAAGCUGGGCUGGUGGCAAGUGGCGAGGCUGGUCUCUAUCAGACCGUGACUGUGCAGGAGAGCCAGUACCAGUGUCUGGAGUGUGGCCAGAUCCUCCUCUCUCCAGGUCAGUUGCUGGAACACCAGGAGAUGCACCUCAAGAUGGUGACCCAGGAGCCAGAGCCCGUGCUGAAACCUCUGAGCUCCAGUCAGAUCCACUAUGAGUGCAUAGAAUGCAAGGCUCUAUUCAACAGUCAGGAUGUGUGGCUUGCCCACCGGCAGACCCACCGCAAACCUCCAGAGCCACCAGCCCCUCCUCCUCAGAGCCAUGCACUAGUAAACCUGGAGCACUCGUACCGGAAGCCGGAAGAUGGGACCGAGUCGGGCGGAGCAGUGCAGCUGCUGCUCUACGAGUGUGGAGAGUGUUUCCAGUUGUUCCAGUCAACAGCAGACUUCCUAGAGCACCAAACCAUGCACCACGUCAUUGCACCACCCCCUGGGCCUCGAGCCAGAGAGCAGCCCGUGCCCUCCUCUGCAGAGCCCAAGGAUCCACUACCGCCACCGCCACUAAGCUUAAUGGGUGUUCACAACGGGGCGGUGGCCCCACCAGCCCCGCCCAGCGUUACGGCCACCGAUCACAGCUAUGAGCUGAAGAAUACCCCGGGGGAUCAGACCCCCCGCAAAGUGAAGCAGGCCGCCAAGGAGCACUCGUGCACCGAGUGUGAGCAGCCGUUCCCUUCCGCCCACAAGCUCCAGCUGCACAUGAAGAGCCAUCGGCAAGGUACCUUCAAGUGCCCGCUCUGCAGCAAAGUGCUGGCGUCUCCAGCAGAACUUGAGAAGCACCGGGAGGAGCACAGCGGGGAGUCGCGCUUCCUGUGUGUGGACUGCGGUCUGGGAUUUGGCACCGAGGCCGUGCUGUUGUCCCACCGCCGCACGCACUCUUCGAACCCCCUGUACCGCUGCGCUUGCGGGAAGACCUUCAUCAAUAUGACCAAGUUCCUCUACCAUCGGCGCUCCCACAGUGCCAAUUCAACCCAGAUCCAUGAGUUGCCUGCCUCUCCUUCUGAGGACCAGCAUCUUGAGGACGAGCCCUCUGAGCCCCCAGAGCUGCCCGAGGAACAGCAAGAAGUGAUUCCGUUGGCCAUCAUCUGCUCCGUGGACAACGUCGCCGCUGUUGUUGACAGCAACGCCAAGGAGCAGAAGUCUGAGGAGUUCCAGUGCCCCAUGUGUAGCAAGACCUUCCCCAAGCAGGCGCAGCUGUCCCGCCACCAGCGCUUUGCUCACAAGAUGGAGCGCCGCCACAAGUGUCUGACCUGCGGCAAGAUGUUCAAGAAGAAGUCCCACAUGCGCAACCACCUCCUGACCCACACUGGGGAAAGGCCGUAUCACUGCAAGGAGUGUGGGAAGAGCUUCAACUCUCCAGCCAACUUGCAGCGCCACCGCCUGACGCACACGGGGGAGCGUCCUUACCGCUGUGACAUCUGCCAGAAGUGCUUCACGCAGUCGUCCACCCUGCAGCAGCACCUCCUGGUGCACAGCCGCCACUACCCUUACAAGUGUCAGGAGUGUGGCAGCGUCUUCCACCGGCCUUACCGCCUGCUCAUGCACCGCUACCACCACACGGGGGAGUACCCCUACAAGUGCCAGACCUGUGGCCGUUCCUUCCUGCUUCGCCGCCUGCUGGAGGUCCACCAGCUGAGCCACACGGGCCAGCAGCCCCAUCGCUGCACGUCUGGCUGCGGGGCUGCCUUUGUCACCGCCGAGCAGCUGAAGGAGCACAAAUGUGGCAAGAUGAGCCGCCACUUUGAGUGCUCCGUCUGCGGCAAGAAAGUUGGCUCGACUGCGCAGCUGAGGGCCCACGAACGGCUCCACGGGGACAUCCAGGCUCCAGAAGGGGUGGAAGAGGAGCCCCCGAUGCUCGAACCGCCCCCGCCCCGGCCCCGGCGCCCCACCUGCCCCAAGACUUUUGAAUGCGGUGACUGCAAGAAACUGUUCAGCACGGAGACGUCACUGCAGGUCCACCGCCGCAUCCACACCGGUGAGCGCCCCUAUCCUUGCCCGGAUUGUGGGAAGGCCUUCCGGCAGUCCACGCACCUCAAGGAUCACCUGCGCCUGCACACGGGGGAGAAGCCCUUCAAAUGUGACGAGUGUGGGAAAGCGUUCACCAUAGCUGUGCGCCUGGCUGAGCACAAGCGGAUUCACACAGGCGAGCGCCCGUACAAUUGUGAUGCUUGUGGCAAGGCGUACCGCUCCUUCUCCAACCUCUGGAAGCACCGCAAGAUGCAUCAGCAGCAGCGCUUGCAGCACGAGCAAGAGGUCAUGGCAGAAGCUGUUGCUGCGGCCGCCGCCGCUGCUGCCGCAGCAGCAACAGCAACUUCAUCAGCCGCCUCCUCCUCCAACGAGCCAGUCUACAGCAACACCGUUACUAUUAUGGAGACCAUCCCAGUGGUGGAAACCAUUGAAAUCUACCCAACUGAUGCAGGGGUUCACUUUGAAAACAUCCAGGUGGAGAAUGUCCAGAUUGGGGGAGUUUGAGUGGGGCUGGGGGGAGUAAGGAGGGCCAGCUGGUCACCCUAUGUGGACUGGGAGCUGCUGCUCUCUGGCUCCCCCUUAUGGGGCUUUGGUGUUAGCUGUCCUGACGGCUACACCCUAGCUUUUAUCUAUGCUCUCUCUGCUGUCCACAUCCUGGUCCUUCCAGUUGGCUGUUUCUGGAAUAUGGUUGCAUCAUCUUUUCUUCCCUGACAGAUUGGGUGGCUUUUUUUUUUUUUUUUGGUCCUCCCUGUCACUCAUUCAGGGCAGUGGUGCUGUUGGCUCAGACACUCCACACCACUUUGGGCACUGAUCCUCCAUCUCCCUUGUGUUUGCCAGUCCUUUCACACCCUACUAUAUGAAGCGUGGCUUUUCUUUGAGAACUCGGACGGACUCGAAUGCCCAAGAGCAGCCUUCUCCAUGGCUGAGGCCCUCAAAAUGCUAAAUCGGUUUUUUGUUUCCUAGGGAGCUCCAGGGAAUGCCCCUCACCCCCGCUGGGGUUCAGUCUGGAUUGUAAAUACCUCUUGACUGGGCUUCCCUUCUUCACUUUGGGAGUCUCUCCAUGUGUGCUGUUGAUCCCACUCUCCCAGCGAUUCUCCCCCUCACCCCCCCGAUUCAUGGCAGCAGGUGUUUUUUUUUAAAUUUUAUUUCUUGCUAACUGGAUUCCUCCCUAUGGCCGCGGGAGCAUUUUGUUAUUUAGUAUUAAAAUUAAACAGAAAUCAAAGCUC